CCGAUACAAGAAUGGCAACGAGAGCUCUGAAAUUGAUUGGAAGUGUGUAAGCGCAUUUGCUACAAGUUGCUGGUUCCCUCUCUCUCACACACACCAAUCCUAUUUAAUGCUCACUAGUCACUGCCUCGUGUCUCUUACUAAAUAUUCCUAUUAAUCCCUCCCUUUCCUUCUUCCUUCCAAUCCCUAAUUUCCUUCCACCAAAAAACACUUGGCAAUACUUUCCCAAUGAAGAGCCUGUUUGGAUUCUUAAUUCUCAUUUAAUUAUUUACGAAUUUAUGUUUACUUUGAUGUUAUUAAUUAUAGCUUCGCAGUUGAAUCUACGUUUAUAGGUCAACGUGUGUGUUUGAACUCACGUUAGGUUUCUGAGUUUCGAACCUCACUCAAAUGCGUUACUGCACGAGUCAAUAACUCAUAUUCUGAGUUAAUUGAGCGAUUCUCUUUCGCGCCAUGGAAGGUAACAAGGACGAAGCGUUGCGCUGCGUUCGCAUCGCCGAGGACGCGAUUGCGUCAGGGAACAAAGACCGUGCCCUCAAAUUCAUCAAAAUCGCGCAACGCCUCAACCGCGAUUUGCCCCUCGAACCCUUGCUCGCCAUGUGCGAACGCCUCGAUUCUCAGUCGUCAGCCUCGUCCUCCGACGGAACCUCUUCCUCCGCCAGAGGCAAAACGGCGAACCGUACUUCCCGAAACGACGAGCGUUUUAACGGAGAGAGGAAUUACACGGAAGAGAAUGUUCAGUUGGUUAGGGAAAUUAAGAAUAAGAGCGAUUACUAUGCCAUCUUGGGAUUAGAGAAGAGUUGUUCUGUUGAAGAGAUUAGAAGAGCUUAUAGGAAACUGUCGUUGAAAGUUCAUCCUGAUAAGAACAAGGCACCGGGUUCUGAAGAUGCGUUUAAGAAGGUUUCAAAGGCUUUUAAGUGUUUGAGUGAUGAUGGUUCGAGGAGACAGUAUGAUCAAACGGGAAUGGUUGAUGAGUAUGAAUUUAACCAGCAGAACAGUUUCCGGCGCCGGAGGCGGAGGAGUACUAUGGGGCACGAUAUUUUCGAAGAUGAAUUUGAUCCUGAUGAGAUAUUUAGGGCAUUCUUUGGACAAUCUGAUGUGUUUGGGAGAACUCAUAUUUAUAGGACUCGAGGGAUGGGGAAUCAUCAUAGGCAUGAGUUUCAGGCUGGAACUGGAGGAGGGAAUAAUAAUAUUAUGCUGUUGAUUCAGCUCUUGCCGUUUUUGAUCAUUUUGCUGCUUGCCUACUUACCAUUUUCGGAGCCGGAUUAUUCGUUGCAGAAGAAUUUCUCGUACCAGAUUCCAAAGACCACUGAGCAGCAUGGAGUUCAGUUUUUCGUGAAAUCGCAGGCGUUUGAGGAUAACUAUCCGAAGGGAAGUCCUGAUCGGGAGGCUAUUGAGGACAAUGUCAUAAAGGAUUACAAAAAUAUGCUGCGGCGUUAUUGCCAGGUGGAGAUUCAGAGACGGAGUUGGAAUAGGAAUCUGCCUGUUCCUCAUUGUGAUAAGCUGCAAAACUUUGCAGUUGUAGCCUGAAGGGCGUGCCAAUUGCAAAUUCUCAACCAUGCCUCCUCUCAUCAAAAGUAAAAGAGAGUGAAUAAAAGUCCUCAGAAAACAAUAUAUUAUUAGAUAAGAGUUUUUGAUGCAUAGUGCAGGAUCACUUUUAUUUCUUUUAGCACUUUAUGCUGUACUUUUUCACAGUUCUUUUUCUGUCCUGUCCUUACCUUGCAGCAAAAGUGGCUAGCUGGAGUAAUUUUUACUUGGCUUAAGGAAGUCUUGCAUCAGUUGCUGAGCUUUUGUGCACGUUUUAUUCUUCAGGAUAUCUAAUAUAUCCAUGGGAGCAGCUGCCAGUUUAGUGCUGUGCUCUUGCUGUGAGAAGUUUUUGAUAAAUAUGCUUAGAAAUGUGUUUAUUAUUAUUGUCGGAGGUAUAUUUUGAUGGGAUUAUCUAUUAUGUUAUGCACAAUCAUUAAUGAUGCAGAACGUGGCAGCAAAUAAUUACACAAAAGGUCCUAAGUAUCAGCAGUGGGGCAUUUGAAUACAAGCUCAUGAUCCGAGUUUUCUAAAUUACUCGAGGGUAGCAACUUAUAUUCGGUUGAAGUAGGCAUGUUACUUGACAAAGGAAAACAAACUAUCGCUUCAUUUCUAGUGAGUGAAUAUUAUUACGUCAGUUAAGGAAGCCAUGUGAUCAUCCGACAGAAUUUGAUUUUCGAUGUAGGUUUGAGUUUUCCUUUCCUGUCUGGUAGGAGUAUUACUUUGCGUGUGAUUGGUGAUCAUAUUUUGGCAUCUGGAAACACCAUUCCACUGUCAAAAAUUGCCAAAAAGGGAGAGUUUAGGUAUUCUAUUCUUGCUCACUGGUAAAGUUUCAAUCAUCUGUGAUGCCCUUUUCUGGAUCAAUUUUCAAUAUAUGAAACUCUUGAAUGCUUGGGAUGUG